AUGGCUUCUGAUCAGGCUUUCAUCAUCUUCGUGCUCUUUGUUGCCAUUGCUCCAAUCACAAUUUUAGCAGAAGAGCACGUAGUAGGGGAUGAAUAUGGGUGGACUCCUGGGUUUGAUUACCAGGCUUGGGCUAAAGACAAGACCUUUCAAGUUGGAGACAAACUUGUUUUCCAAUACCCUGUUGGUGCCCACAAUGUGUUCAAAGUGAAUGGAACUGCGUUUCAAAACUGCACUAAGCCACCACUGCAAGAGGCUCUGACUACAGGAAAUGACACAAUCAUUUUAGCAACACCAGGAAGGAAAUGGUAUAUUUGCGGCGUAGGCAAGCACUGUCUUGGUGGCCAAAAACUUGCUAUAACUGUGCUAUCUCAAGAUUAUGCAUGGUCAGCCCCGGCUCCUUCUCCACUCAGCACCACAGAACCAAGUGCAACAAGAAGGCCAUUCUUGAACUUCCAUUAG